AAAACCCUGCCUCUUAACUCUCACUGCCAAUAUAUAGGAGUAGUUUUUUCCUCUCUCUACUCUCCAGUCUUCUUUCUAUCCCUCUCUCCAAAACCCGUGAGUAGCUAUGGCAUCAUCGGGUCGCGGUCCAAAUUCGGACUCCAAAUCUUUCGAUUUCGGGUCGGAUGAUAUCCUCUGUUCCUACGAGGAUUACGGAUAUCAAGAUGGGAAUAAUGCUGCUCAUUCUGAUCCAUCCAUUGCAAACAAUUCACCUAAGGAGGUAAACAAAAGCAGAAUGGUGAGAUCAUCUGUUUUUACAGCCGCAACUUACUUUACCCCUGAAGAAUCUUCUUAUAGUCAAGGUGUCACCAAUACUGUUGAAAACAGCAUGAAGAAACACACUGAUAAUGUCACACGUUUUCUUGAGGGAAUUAGUUCACGGUUGUCACAGUUGGAAUUAUAUUGCUACAAUCUGGACAAAUCGAUUGGAGAAAUGCAUUCUGACUGGGUUCGUGAUUGUGGAGAGUCGGAUUCAAAGCUCAGAUCUCUGGAAAAACAUAUUCAAGAGGUACACAGAUCCGUGCAGAUCUUAAGAGAUAAGCAGGAACUUUCAGAUACUCAGAAGGAAUUAGCCAAACUUCAGCUUGCACAAAGGGAAUCUGGUUUGGGUAGUAAUAAACAACCUAACAAGGAGAGAACUUCAACACCCGCUUCUGAGCCCAAAAAGACCGAGAACUCUUCAGAAUUUCAAGAACAGCAGUUGGCACUUGCACUACCUAACCAAAUAGCCCCACAGCCCUCCCUCCCCACUCGGCUGGUUGAGCAUCAGCAGCCCUCAGUCGCGCCCCAAUCAUCUAUGCCUCCCCAAAGUAUGUCGCAAGUACAGGCGUAUUACAUGAAUCCCCAACAGAUGGCCAAUAUUCCACACCAAUCCCAACCAUCUCAGACUCAGUACAUACCGAUACAAUCUCAAGGUCAAGAUCUCUCAAGGAUGGCACCCCAGCCAUCCCAACCACAGGGAAACAUGGGCUCACAAGUUCAGUUGUUACCUCCUUACCAACAGCAGUGGUCCCAGCAGCAGCUACAGCAGCCCAUUCAGUCCAACCAACAGCCAGCUAUGCAACCACAGAUUCGAGCCUCCUCUCCAAUGCUUUUUUCUUCCUAUCUGCCAGGUCAGCCGAAUCAGUCACCUGUUGAAAUGCCUCCCGGUAGCAUACACAUGCAGAUGUCAUUCAGCGGAGCAUCUCGUCCUGGUUCAGCAGGUUCUGAUGGAAUGGCUUGCGGGUACAACGCUGCUGGCAAAACAAUGCAACAACAACCUCCAAAGCUCAAGAACGGGUAUGCACCGCAAUCAGGGGAAGGUGUUUACACGUCUGGUGGGCCUCGCCCACAGCUUCCGCCUGGGAAUACUUAUGUGGUCUUCGAUGGCGAGCCAGGAAGAACACAUCACCACCCUCCACAGGCUCAGUUCCAACAAGGUAGUUACCCUCCCCAGCAGAGCCACCCACCCCGUGUUCCCAGCAAUAGUGCGAUGGUUCCCCCACAGCCCAUGCGCACCCAUCCUUACAACGAGUUGAUCGAGAAGCUGGUGAGCAUGGGUUACAGAAGUGAGCAUGUCCUCAGCAUCAUCCAGAGGCUGGAAGAAAGCGGCCAGACUGUCGAUUUCAAUGCGGUUCUCGAUAGGUUUAAUGGACACUCUUCAGGCUCUCAUAGAGGAUGGUGAAAGCAUGCUUACAGCCUGUGCAAGAGUUUUGUAGUUUUUCCGUUUUUAGAGUGCAAGGAAUAAAGGAUUGUUAGAUAAAGGGAUGAGUGGAGAUGCUUUUUAUAUCUGUAAUCUCCUUCCCUUAAUGUUGUUUAUGCUAAUUUGCGAUGGUGCUAGCUUUUGGUAAUGGCACCCGCAAAAUAUUUGUUUGUACAACUUAAUAUAUUUGUAUACUAUUCCACUUUUUCUUACUA